AUGGCUGCCUCGUCCUCGUCCGGCUCCUCCUUCGCCUCGUCGUCUCUCGGCCGCCCGCCCACCUACAGCCGCUCCUAUGUGAGUCCCGUAGAUUCGACCUGGACGCAGACGUCCGACAUCUCCACGAUAUCAGCCACUUCCACCAGCGAGUCCGUGUUGCCCGCCGCCUCGCUCCGGCCUCUCGACCUCGGGCCUCCGGGCUACACUGCCACAAUAACCCUUUUUCAAGACACGCCCGACGAACGGACUGUGUAUCUGGGACCCUGGGAGGUGGUGGGGUCUGAGCAGCGACGUAUCCGCUGGCAGUGCAGCUACCAGAGCGAGCUGCUCGAACACUUUUUGCCCUCAGACAUACCGUCCGAUGUCCAUCCUCACACCCUCCACUCACGGCAUCGCCAAUUCAACGACCCGCCCGACAUGGAACGCUUCCUGUCCUUCAACGAGCCUCAUCGCAUCAGGUACACCUCUGGCGAGGGCAUCUGUAUUCAUGACCAGUACAUCCAGGUCAGGUACGAGUUCACCACGGUUGAGGCUUCCAUCCAGUUCCAGGGCGACGUGCGGCGAAAGGACCUGGUGGACUUUUACGACGUCGACGUGGUUUGGUCCAACCUGCAGAGCCGCACCGACAGCUUCGGCAAGGUCAAGGGCAUCGGAGCCAUUCAGAGGCUCAAGCUUUGGAGGGACCGAUACACCACUUACCACUCCCUGAGCGUCUUGGCCAACAAGACGGACAAUCACUACCGCGAAUACGACAUUCACCACUUUGACGGCGAGCUCCGAAACCGAGACGACCGCGCCAAAACCCUCCGCCUCAACGUCCACGGCCGCCGAGGAAGCGUGCCCGACGAAACCUCAUCGCGCCGAACCUUUCGCAUCCGCCAGAGAGUCCGGGCCAGCCAGGCCAGUCCCGAGCUGGGCCCUUCAUACGCAACCACCACCCUGGAUAUUCGCCACCUCUCUAUUCAGUUUACACAUAAGCGAGACUACAAGCGGUUCAUCGAGACCUGGGCCUUUGCCCACAGCUCCGACCGUGAAUUCAAUGGCGUCCCGUUUCCUCCCAAUCACUUCGAGCUGCCCUCGCCGGAAAUCCCGCCCGGUCGAGAUGCCGAUACUGGCUGA